GGGAAAUUGUUGAAUUCAUUGCGACAGGUGAUACCAGCAUUAAUCCAAUGGGGUCGAACGAUCACGUCACAGGAGGUUUUCGAACGAGAAUCCAAGUACGGUGCUCACAAUUACCAUCCCCUUCCAGUCGCGCUGUGCAAAGCCGAAGGAGUGUUUAUGUGGGACACUGAGGGCAAACGGUACUUUGAUUUUUUGAGUGCUUACUCCGCCGUUAAUCAAGGCCAUUGCCAUCCGAGAAUUUAUAAGGCGUUGAUCGAUCAAGCGAAAGUCUUGACGCUAACAUCGCGAGCCUUCUAUUCCGAUGUGUUAGGUGAAUUCGAGGAGUACGUUACUAAACUGUUUGGGUACGACAAAUGGCUGCCGAUGAACACCGGCGUGGAAGGAGGUGAAACUGCGUGCAAAUUGGCGCGUAAAUGGGGCUACACCAGUAAGGGAAUACCGCAGUAUCAAGCGAAAAUCGUUUUCGCGGAAGGUAAUUUUUGGGGGAGGACGAUGAGCGCCGUGUCAUCGAGCACGGAUCCGAGCAGUUACAGCGGCUUUGGCCCGUUCAUGCCUGGAUUCGAGGUGAUCCCGUACGACAAUCUUCCCGCGCUGGAACAAGCACUGGCUGAUCCCCACGUUUGCGCCUUCAUGGUGGAACCCAUACAGGGAGAGGCAGGCGUUGUGGUACCAAAGGACGGAUAUCUGAAAGGCGUUCGAGAGCUCUGCACGAAACAUAAUGUUCUAUGGAUCGCGGACGAGGUGCAAACUGGACUGGCUAGAACGGGAAAACGAUUGGCUGUCGAUCACGAAAAUGUAAAGCCAGAUAUUUUAGUCCUCGGGAAAGCACUAUCCGGUGGUUUCUAUCCAGUUUCCGGCGUAUUGGCCAACGAUCCAGUAAUGUUGGCCAUAAAACCCGGCGAACACGGGUCGACAUACGGCGGUAAUCCUCUAGGAUGUCGAAUCGCGUUGGAAGCGCUACGCGUGCUCGAGGAAGAGAAGUUGGCGGAGAACGCGGAGAAACUCGGUCGUAUAUUCAGGUCCGAGUUGAGCAAGCUUCCCAAUGACAUUGUAACGUUGGUCAGAGGAAAGGGACUUCUUAAUGCAAUCGUUAUUAACGAGAAGUUCGAUGCUAUGGAUAUCUGUAUGAAACUGAAAGACGCGGGCUUGCUCGCGAAACCAACGCACGGACACAUCAUCAGAUUGGCACCGCCUUUGGUUCUCACCGAAUCACAGCUACGGGAAUCCGUAGACAUUAUUUCCAAAGUUAUUAUUCAGUACGCUAAAUAA